CUAACUUAUUCAACUCAAACAUAAAUAAUUAAAAAAAAAAAAAAAAAAAGUUCCCCAAGUCAUCUUCUCCUAUCCUCCUUCCUUCCCCACUAAAUCUUAGAAGAAAAAAAAUGGGUUCUCUUCCUGAGACCAAUGGUAAUGCAGUCGUGGGGAGGACAACCGUGCAUCGUUUGAUCGCGGAGGAAGGAUCGGUGUUGAUGCCGGGUAUCCAAGACGCUUUCUCUGCCGCCAUUUGUGCCAAAACCGGCUUCAAAGCUUGCUUUGUCUCCGGUUUUGGUGUUUCCGCUGCCCUCCUCGGCUUGCCUGACUUUGGCUUGCUUACGACCGCAGAAGUUGUAGGAGUUGUCCGUAGAAUGACUGCUGCUGCUCCAAGUUUGUGUGUCGUUGUUGAUGGAGACACCGGAGGUGGUGGCCCUCUCAAUGUGCAAAGAUUCAUCAAAGACUUGAUUGCAGCCGGUGCUAAGGGUGUUUUCCUAGAGGAUCAAGUAUGGCCAAAAAAGUGUGGUCAUAUGCGUGGUAAGAGUGUUGUACCUGCAGAAGAGCAUGCACUUAAAAUUGCAGCAGCAAGAGAAGCUAUUGGUGAAUCUGAUUUCUUCUUGGUAGCAAGAACUGAUGCUAGAGCACCACACGGUCUUCAAGAAGCAAUUAGACGUGCCAACCUUUACAGAGAGGCCGGAGCUGAUGCAACCUUCGUUGAGGCACCUGCAAACAUCGAUGAGCUUAACGAGGUUGUCAAGGGUACAAAAGGUUUGAGAAUCGCUAACAUGAUUGAAGGUGGAAAGACCCCAUUACAUACACCAGCAGAGUUCAAGGAGAUGGGAUUCCACUUGAUUGCUCAUUCACUAUCAACAAUCUAUGCUACAACCAAAGCUUUGGUUGGAAUCAUGAAGGUUCUUAAGGAAAAGGGUACCACUAGGGAUGACUUGGACAAGAUGGUUACUUUCUCUGAAUUUAAUGACAUGAUUAGCUUGGAAUCAUGGUAUGAAAUGGAAUCAAAGUUCAAGAACUUCACCCCAAAAUCUUUGGAAUCCUAAGACUUUUUACCUAUCUUGGCAUGUUUAGCUCGACAUAUACAAGAGUUGAAAUUAAAGACAUGCAUGUUUGUGCAAUUGAGUUUUGUAAGAUUAUGAAAUUAGUUUAAUAUUUGUUUGAGAAAAUAAUAAUUUUGCAUAUUGAGUAAUGUUGUAAGUUUAUUUAAAACCUGUUUUGAGAGCCUGCAAGGUGUAGAUGCUUGUAAUCUCAUCAAUAUUAGUAAUCAAAUAUAAUUCGAAGCUAUUUUUUCUA